AUGUUUUCACAGCAAGCUGCUCAGAAAAGCGGCGAUAUCUCCGUCCAAAUCUCGGCAUUUAUCCAGCAGCUCAAACGAAGAGAACUGUCUGGUGCAAAUAACGUGGCUAUCGACACUGCAAACCUUCUGCUGCGUUUUAUCUCAGCAAACAAAUGGACUAAAGUCGACACACUUUUACGUGACGUCAAAGCGCUCGGUCUCCGUCUGGAGGCCGCACAACCCCAAGAACUGGUCUGUGGCAACAUUGUGCGACGAGUUCUGGCCAUUAUCAGAGAAGCCUACGAAUCGCCUAGUAACAAUAACACAAGUGAUCAAAAACAACAGCAACAGCAACAGCAACAACUUAAACCCGAAUAUAACUUACCGCCAUCCAGUAGCAUGUUUGAACUGUUAUCAGAAAGCAAUCGGAGUGAAACUUUUGCAGCGGCCCAGACUACAUCGAAAAGAGGAAAGAAUUACAAGGCUGAGAUCAUUGAGGGGAUCCAAGAACUCAUUGAUGAAAUUACCAAUGUCGAGGAGGCUGUUUCCGGGUUUUCGUUGGAUAUGAUUCACGAAAAUGAAAUCAUUCUAGCCGCAACACCCGACUCGCGGACCGUACUUAAGUUCUUGCUGCGCGCCCAGAAAAAACGUAACUUUGCAGUCAUUGUCACCGAAAGCUACCCUAACAGCACUUCCGAGGCCCACGUGUUUGCCGGGAAACUCGCCAAGGCUGGUAUCGAAACUGCAGUUGUUCCAGAUACAAUGGUCUUUGCACUCAUGUCCCGUGUCGGUAAGGUCAUUGUGGGCACCCGCGCCGUGCUGGCCAACGGCGGCUGCGUUGUAUCUGCAGGUGUGGCCAAUGUAUGCGAAUGUGCUCGACAAUACCGUGCGCCAGUGUUGGCUGUCACAGGACUGUACAAGCUAUCUCCAUUGUACCCAUUUGAUGUGGAGAGUUUGAUUGAGGUUGGCGAUUCAGGCAAAGUGGUUGACUUUGAGGAUGGAGAAAUGGUGGACCGUGUGGAUGCAGUUAAUCCUGUAUAUGACUACGUUCCUCCAGAGCAUGUGGAUAUUGUGGUGAGCAAUUUGGGCGGAUAUGCACCGAGUUUUGUGUACCGGUUGGUGUUGGAUUACUACAGUCCUGACGAUGUAAAUCUGGGUGAAUCAGUAUGA